AUGGCAGGCGGCAAGAUAAGAAAAGAGAAGGCAUCAUCACGGGGGGCGCCUUCGUCAAAUCACUACCAAGGAGGCAUAUCCUUCCACAAAUCCAAAGGACAGCAUAUCCUCAAGAACCCUUUACUUGUGGACUCCAUAGUCCAAAAAUCAGGCAUCAAGAGCACCGACGUUGUUCUUGAGAUUGGUCCCGGUACUGGAAAUCUCACCAAGAAACUUCUCGAAGCUGGCAAAAUGGUUGUUGCUAUUGAGCUAGACCCUCGUAUGGUUCUUGAGCUUCAACGCCGCUUUCAAGGCACCCCUUUCUCUAAUCGCUUAAAGGUGAUCCAGGGUGAUGUGCUCAAGACUGACCUUCCUUAUUUUGAUAUAUGUGUGGCAAAUAUCCCUUAUCAGAUCUCUUCACCCCUCACAUUCAAAUUAUUGAAUCACCCAACAUCCUUCAGGUGUGCCAUAAUUAUGUUUCAGAGAGAAUUUGCUAUGAGACUUGUUGCUAAGCCAGGUGAUACUUUAUACUGUCGUCUUUCUGUUAAUACCCAACUCUAUGCUAGAGUCUCCCAUCUUCUCAAAGUUGGGAAGAACAAUUUCAGGCCUCCACCCAAGGUGGAUUCCUCAGUUGUUCGAAUUGAGCCUAGGAAACCACGUCCUCAAGUGAAUCCUAAGGAAUGGGAUGGAUUCAUAAGGAUUUGUUUCAUUCGAAAGAACAAGACACUUGGUUCUAUUUUCAGGAUAAAAAAUGUGCUCUCCAUGCUCGAAAAGAACUACAAGACCCUUCAGGCGCUACAGCAAUCGCAAAAUGGUUCCUCGGGGAGUACUGAUGUUGAGAUGGAUAUUUCGGGACUGGGAGAUUCUGAGGAUCAAAGGAUGGACAUGGAUGAUGGAAUAGAUGACGAAAUGGAGGUAGAGGAUGGUGAUGCAGAUGGUGAGGCCUCUGAAUUCAAGCAAAAGGUUUUAGCUGUUUUGAAAGAGAGAGAUUAUUAUGAGAAGAGAUCAUCAAAACUCUCGCAAGAGGAGUUCUUACACUUACUCGCUCAGUUCAAUAGGGCUGGCAUACACUUCUCCUGA